GAGGUGGUGGGAGUGAAUCAGCUGGUGACGGUAAACAACAGUCUCUGGUCCCUGCACUCAUGGAGGAGCAGUACGGCGGGCUGGACAAAAGGCUCAGGAGACGCCGGCUGCUCAUCUUCCUGGUCCUGCUCGCUGUGGUUGUAGUCAUCACCGUGGCCGUGGUGCUGGGAGUGACGCUCCGACCACGAACAAAUGAAGUCAAAGCCACAUUUUUGGAGAGGUGUCAAAAGUUCAAAGAUUACAACUGUGAGAAGAUAUGGGAUGCAUUUCGACAAGCUUAUGUCGGCCGGGAUUCUUGUAAUGUUCCCGUAGGCGCCUACGAUGCUCUCUUCCUUGAGGCGCCCUUCGUUCCAUCGUGCAACAGGGUGAUGCUCUGGAGUAAAACAAAGGAUGUGGUCCAUGCCUUUACUGCCAAGAGAGAUUGUUAUGUCACCCUGGAGGACACCAUGCUGGGAUCUGUCCUGGAUGGGCUAACAUGGUGCGGAAAGGAGGGCAGCAAUGAAACAUUCACCACCGACUGCCCGGGAUGGACAGAAUGUGAAAACAACCCUGUUCGCUCAUUUUGGAACCAAGCCUCAGCUGGUUUUGCAAAUGCUGCAUGUGGUGAUGUCACAGUGUUGCUGAAUGGAUCCAUCCCCAAACCUGUGGAUCCGAUGAGUAUUUUUGCGAGCAUCGAGGUGAACAGGUUACACUACAACAGGGUGAAAAAGCUGAAGGUUGUUCUGGUCAUGCAGGAGAACCCUGUUGCAAACUGUAAAAGUGAUUCUCUAGUAGCCUUGGAGGCAAAGCUAGAUCCUGGAAUGGAGUAUAACUGCAAGGAAGUGCCUGAAGCUCAGAUUGAAGAAUGUGGGUCCGACCCGGAGAAACCUUGUGGAUCCUGCUGGUGAAAACCUCUGACCAUCUCAGACAGAGCAGAUAACCUCCCACAGAAAGAACAAUGACUCUUGUUUUGUACAUGACUUUGAAAUAUUUUUGUACGUCUGGGCCAGUUUUACAUAAAAAAGAUGAGUGAAUCUUUCUUUCAUAAAUGUUGGAGAUACUUUUUGAAUGAGGCUCAACCUUUUAUUACAUGUUUUUGUGUGUUUUAACUGAUGAUUUUAUCUCCUCUCGCUGGUGGAUUUAACUGUAUUUCUAAAUAAAAUACUAACAUAUGAG